AUGGCUUCUGUGAGAACUUCCUCCAUGUUCCAGUCACUGCUACUGCUGCUGAGUCUGGUGGCUAUAGUGAAGGCAGCAAGAGUAAUUCCACGAAAUCCAAAAUGCCCAAAUACUGAGGACAAGAACUUCCCUCAGAGCGUGAGAGUCAACCUAAAUAUCCAUAAUUCGAAUGCAAAUUCUAGAAGGCCCUCAGAUUACUACAACCGGUCCACCUCACCUUGGAAUCUCCACCGCAAUGAGGACCCUGAGAGAUAUCCCUCUGUGAUCUGGGAGGCAAAGUGCCGCCACUUGUUCUGUGUCAAUCCUGAAGGGAAGAUGGACCACCACCUGAACUCCGUCCCCAUCCAGCAGGAGAUCCUGGUCUUGCGUAGGGAGCCUCGGCACUGCCCCCACUCCUUCCGGCUGGAGAAGAUACUCAUCACUGUGGGCUGCACCUGUGUCACCCCCAUUGUCCACCACGUGGCUUAA